GCACCCAGCACCCUCCCCUCCUCGUGUCUGUCCCCUUCCUCUCACCUGAGCUCCUCAGGGUGGGGCCUCUUGGCUUGUGGCCUCCACUUGAGGCCCUUGAGUGCUCAUUGGGGUUUGCUGACUGAAUCACUGACAGCAAUGAUGGCUCACAUCUGCGUCUCCUGUAGGAUUCUUAUAAUGCACUUCUCUGUCAGUGGCCAGAAGUGUCCCCAUACUCAGGUCUGUCUUCCUCAACUGGAAGGGAGAUAGCAUGUCUCUUAGGUGCUGACUGCCCGUACGACUCUGGGCUUCCAAGUCUUGAGUCUUCCCUCAAGUCUUGCGGCACUGUGGUUGUACGACACGGAUGGGACAGCCACACCCUGGCCUCCUGCUUGGGUUCCAGGCAGAAUGGAAUGCUCCAGCGCUUGAGGCAGGCUGCCUGCUGCCCCUCUGCGCACUCCUUCCACAGAUCCCUUCUGGGCUCUGGAUCUGCAACCACGAGCCUGGCUCCGAGUUACCUGGGAGGCCCGAGGCCUGAGUGUCUUCCUCCGCUGCACACUCCCACAGACUGGCCCUGUGGGGCACCGGGGUACCAUACCCAGAUGUCACUUGGGCUGCCUGAGCUUCUCUGUCCUCUCAUUUGUCCAGCGGGAGCCCAGUGGAGCUGUGCAAAUGCUGCUGUGCAUUUGAACCUCUGUGCUGGGGUGGAAAAGCCCAAGGCGCAGCACCCAACUCGGCUGUCCUAGUCCUUGGCUGGGAAUGUCAUUGAGCUUCUCCUCCCAGGCUCCCAACAAUGGUGACUUCCUGCACUCACCACACCCAGCCUUUCCCUAAGCCAAGCUCCCCGGGAGGGGGCUCCUUGGCUUGACAUCGAGAGGCCAGAGCAGGCGAAUCCUGAUGACUUACAGAGGGGCCGAGGCUGCUAAAAGUUCACCAAAGGCCUGGUUGGCUAGGGACAGGCACUGGAGCAGGGCUCUGCAGCAUGAGUAGGAGCCUGCUGUUGGGCUGAGCCCAGGGCGGAGUGGGGUUGACCCCAGGAAUCUGUGUCCCAUACUGGAGCAGCAGCAGCCCCAAGUCCAGGCCACCAGACCCUCUGCACAAAGCCUUUCCAAGCUGCAUCUGCUUUGCUACCCAGCCCUGGAGACGUAGGCCUGGGAUCCUGAGCUGGGACGGGCCCAGUUGGGGCGCGUGGUGCUCUCCCCGGUCUGGUUCCUCUACAGCCUGUUCAUGAAGCUGUUCCAGCACUCCAGGCCGGCCAUCACCCUCGAGAGCCCUGACAUCAAGUACCCCCUGCGGCUCAUCGACAGGGAGGUCAUCAGCCACGAUACACGGCGCUUCCGCUUCGCCUUGCCAUCCCCCCAGCACAUCCUGGGCCUGCCUGUUGGCCAGCACAUCUACCUCUCGGCUCGAAUUGAUGGGAACCUGGUCAUCCGGCCCUACACACCUGUCUCCAGCGAUGAUGACAAGGGCUUUGUGGACCUGGUCAUCAAGGUCUACUUCAAGGACACGCAUCCCAAGUUUCCUAUGGGGGGGAAGAUGUCUCAGUACCUGGAAAACAUGCAGAUUGGAGACACCAUCGAGUUCAGAGGCCCCAAUGGGCUGCUGGUGUACCAGGGCCGAGGGAAGUUUGCCAUCCGGCCUGACAAGAAAUCCAACCCUGUGAUCAAGACGGCCAAGUCAGUGGGCAUGAUUGCAGGAGGAACAGGCAUUACCCCCAUGCUGCAGGUGAUCCGUGCCAUCAUGAAGGACCCAGAUGACCAUACCACGUGCCACCUGCUCUUUGCCAACCAGACUGAGAAGGACAUCCUGCUGCGGCCCGAGCUGGAGGAGCUGAGGAACGCGCAUUCCGCUCGCUUCAAGCUGUGGUACACGUUGGACCAGGCCCCUGAGGCCUGGGACUACAGCCAGGGCUACGUGAACGAGGAGAUGAUCCGCGACCACCUCCCGCCGCCGGGUGAGGAGACACUGGUGCUGAUGUGCGGGCCGCCGCCCAUGAUCCAGUUCGCCUGCUUGCCCAACCUGGAGCGCCUGGGCCACACCAAGGAGCGCUGCUUCUCCUUUUGAGUGGCUGCCACCCUGCCUGCCCACGCUGUCACCCACGCCGUCCUCCACUGCCACCUGCCCACCGAGGCCUGGUUCAGCUCGGCCUGCCUGUGCCCCGGUGGAGCUGCUGGGGACAUGCCUGUCCCUGCCCUGCGAACCCCACUCUGGGUCCCAGGCUGAGGUCACUAGAUCCGUAUGCUGCCUGGCCCUGGAAAGCGGGGAGCCAGAGCUUCGGGGACCAGGAACCCAGCCUGACACCCGUCACGGCCACCCUUGCUGACACUACACGAGACUGACACCAGAAAUCCUCUCCCAGAGCCCACAGGCCCCGCCAGCUGGACCCCCCUGUCUCGGGACCCCAGCAUUUCCCCGGAACCCCCAAACACUGAGGCAGCCCUGGGUGUCCCAAGUGGCCAGCCUGGCAGAGUUCAGAGGGAAACACAGUCACAACAUUGGUCCCUCUGUCCCGUGCCUGCCACCCUGCCCCGCAGGAGACCUGUGAGGUGCCUCUCGUCUGACAGACGUCCUUGGUGGCCUUUAGCCAGCUGUGUCCGCCUUCCGCGUAGCGGCUUUUUCAGUCAUGUAUGAGCAGACAAAUAAUUGAAAUAAAACUUUGCUACUAAACCCUGC